GGGCUAAUAAUUCUGACUUCAACUGCAUAUAUAUUAUACAAUCCAAUUUGCUAAAAUAAUUAAAGAAAAAUUCAGUGAUGGUGUUAUCAAGACUUUUAGAAAAAGGACAAAAGUUGAGUGCGACUGAUAACGACAGCCAGAAGAGAAAAAAAACUCUAAUUUACUGUCCUGUCUGUAAACGCUGCAUUUGAAAUGUUUUGCAUAAUACACAUAUGCAACAUCAAACAGUGUGUGAAAAAUUAUGUAAGGUAAUUUCUGACUGAACAUUUGCAUUAUAAUCUGACAAAUUCAACAAAGAUUUUGAUUUCAUUUUGAUGUGGAAAGAUGGGAGGAGCUGUGACCUCAGGUGACUGCUUUCAGAGCACAGAAAACUAAACAAAACAAUGUAGUCAAAUAUUAAACCAAUUUCUCAUUGAACAACAGAACAUUUUUUCAGGACAUCCAAGACUUUUACAUGCACAGGUGAAAACUCAUGUCCAGGGAAAUUUCAAGCAAUGGCAGAAUCGACAUCAGGAUCACCAAAACCAACCCGGGCCAGGAGAAAUAGUCUGGAUGCACCUCCAUUAUCUUUGUCAGCUGUGUCACAGGAGCUCCAGUGCUCAAUCUGUCUGGAUGUGUUCACUGAUCCAGUCAGCACUCCAUGUGGACACAACUUCUGUGAAAGCUGCCUGAACCAGUGCUGGAACAACAGCCAGACCUACAACUGUCCAUUCUGUAAAGAAACAUUCAGUAACAGACCAGUGCUCAGGAUCAACACAGCACUCAGACAGCUUGUGCAGUUGUUUAAGCAAAACAUUCCUGAGAAAAAAUCGGAAGUUCUCUGUGAUAUUUGUGAUGGUAUGAAGAUGAAAGCCUUUAAGAUCUGUCUGGUGUGUCAGAGCUCUUACUGUGAAACUCACCUGGAGCCUCAUCAGAGAGUCCCAAAUUUGAAGAGACACACACUGAUUGAUCCUGAGGGGAAUGUUGAGGAUUAUAUAUGUAAGAAACAUGAGAAACCUCUGGAGCUGUUCUGUAAAGAUGAUCAGACAUGUGUGUGCUCUCUAUGUGCUGUGACAGACCACAGGAAUCACAACACUGUUGUUGUGGAAGUGGAGAGCAAAGAGAAGAAGCCUCAGCUGAUGAAGAUACAUACAGAUGUGCAGCAGAUGAUCCAGGACAAAUUGAAAAAAAUUCAAGAGAUCAGACACUUAGAAGAACUCAGAAUAAUAACAUCAGAGAAAGAGAAGGCUGAGAGCACUGAGCUCUUCGCUGAUCUGAUGUGCUGCAUUGAGAGAUGUCAGUCUGAGCUGCUGGAGAUGAAGGAGCAGAAGCAGAAAGCAGCAGAGAAGGAGGCUGAAGAGCUGAUUAAAGAUCUGGAGCAGGAGAUUACUGAGCUGAAGAGGAGAGACGCUGAGCUGGAGCAGAUCUCACACACUGAAGAUCACCUGCACCUCCUACAGAUUUACCCAGAGCUGAGCAAACCUCCACGCACCAGCAGCUUGACUAACGUCAGUAUCAGUGACACUCAGCUUAGUGUGGAGACUCUGAGGAAAACUCUCACUCAGCUGAACGACACUCUCAAUGACAAACUCAGCACAAGUGUGCUGAAGAAGAUGCAGCAACAUGCAGUGAAUGUGACUCUGGAUCCUAAUACAGCCCAUCCAAAACUCAUACUGUCUGAUGAUGGAAAACAAGUAACCUUUGAAGGCAAUGAACUUAAACUCUUAAACAAUCCAGAGAGGUUUGAUUUUUGUCCAUGUGUCCUGGCAAAAGAGAGAUUCAGCUCAGGGAGAUUUUAUUUUGAGGUGCAGGUAGAAGGAAAGACUGAUUGGGAUUUAGGAGUGGUCAGAGAAUCCAUUAACCGGAAGGGAGAGAUCACAGCUGCACCUGAGGCUGGAUACUGGAUUAUAAUGCUGAGGAAUGAGAAUCAGUAUCUUGCAAUUGAAUCUUCUUCUGUCUCUCUGUCUCCGAGAGUGAAACCUAAGGUUGUGGGUGUGUUUGUGGAUUAUGAGGAGGGUUUGGUCACUUUUUAUGAUGCGGAGUCCAGGUCUUUUAUUUAUUCUUUCACUGGUCAGACUUUCUCUGAGAAACUCUCUCCAUAUUUUAGCCCUAAUCAUAAUAAUGGAGGUAGAAACGCUGCACCACUGAUCAUCUCACGUGUCAGAAAGAACGAAUGAUUUUAUAACCAAAAUACAGAUGUCAAGUUGCUGUUUUCAAAUGAAAGAACAUGUCAAAACAAGUUAGAAAGAAAUGUUCUUUUUCUAUUUUGUGAAUUUGUGAGUUAAAUUACGAAU